AUGGCCGACGCUGCCGAGCCUGCGCAGGGUCUCGAAGCCCCUCCUCGCGAUGGCGCAAAGCCCGUUCCCGACUCCAGCGUCGCACAAGCUGCAGAAAGCGAGCCUCUCCUGUCGCAUGCCGAAAGACAGGAUGCCGCUGCCGAAGCUAUAGCAAAGCAAACAAUGAACGAUAUUCCCGAGCCCCCGCAACCGAGCACCGAGGAGUCUGUUCUAUUGACCAAAGUCAUGAACUUCCUAUCUAAAGCAUCCCCAGUAACGCUAGCCGGCAUCGCGGUUGGCUUUGCUGGCGUCACAUACGCCAUCCUCGGACAGUUUGGCCUGCUCGUCAUUGGCGCGGUAGGAGGCGCCGCUGCUUUUGUCGUGUGGGAGGGUCGCAACCCCAACAUUGCCCGAACAGUCCGAGGCGAAAAGGGUCCCGAUGCGCUGGAACGCAUUUGGACUGACCUUCAGGCCACCAGGGUCGCCGAGGAAGAGAGUGAGGCCGACAAGGAGGACCAACUCAUUUUCAAAGGCUUCGACGACUUCCGACCGGAAACCCGCGAGGCUCUAAGCGGUCUUGUCGAUACUAUAAUAAAGGAUUACGUCAAGUGGUGGUACAGCCCCAUCAUUCCGACCGAUCACUCGUUCCCCCUUGCUUGUCGCAGAACCCUCACUUCCUAUAUCCUAGCCGUCUCGAAUCGCAUGGCUAGAAAAAGACCCGCCGACUCCUUUCUCGACCUUCUGACCAACUCGUCCUCCAUCGCCAUCGCGUUCAUGUCGGAGCUUGCGGCCGCUUUUGCCGAUGUGCCCGCCGAGUCGAACAUGACCGCCGUCGAUGCCGUCUAUACAUAUCUCGCGUCAAACACAGACUCGCGGCUGGCGAGCUUGUUGAACCAAAAACAACAAGCCGCCAAGUUCAAAAUGGUCGCGGAUGACCUGCUGUCAUUCAUGGAACCCAGUGCCUAUGACUGUGACCCAGCCCGUGCUCUUCUGAGAGAAGUUCUAGCCAACACCGUUCUGGAAAACUUGCUGCAAACAUGCAGUAAACCUGAAUGGAUCAACGGCUGGAUCGUGUACCUCUUGGAGGCCGGAGAACCUGACAUCAACCAGGCCAUCGACGUGGGAAUGCAACGCGCCCGAGAUACCGCCAAUAACAUUUUCGCCGAUAUCGAUGGUAAUGUUGGAAAUAUUAGCAUUGCCAAGCCCGUCGGCCGCUCGUCCGGCGAGUAUGAACGUGGUAGAAGAAAAGAAGUACAAGUGCAUAGGAAGCGACUUAGCAAAGCUGACGAAGAAGUUGAAGUGGCCGUCGAGGAGAUGAAACGCAUGAGUGGGAUGAUGGAAGAUACCGAGGAACGCAGGCGAUCAAUGACCAACGACUCAUCCGCGCCUUCGAUGCAGAGCAUAGAUCCGUUCUCGACUGACGAGGCUGCUUCUAAUCGCACAACUGCGACGACUAUACAGUAUUCGACCCCUCCGCUAGCUCAAGGCCGCUCGUCUCCAUUUGGUGCUUCUGUUGAUGGUGCAAGUGAACCAACAUUUACUCCGGUCACGCCUCGCUCGACCAUGGAUACUUCAAGUCAGAACUCGUCGCCAAAACGUGAUCGCCGAGACAGCCAACACUUUACCAAUUUUGACCAGAUCGUCCCGGCAGCAGAACCCGAACAAGAAGAAGAGGACGCGCCGAAGAAAGCGCCGCUGACGCUCCACAACGCUUCCUUUACGCUCCACGACGAUGCCACUGGCGAUACUGCCAAGAUUCGAAAUAAGCCGAACUGGGACUACUUGAUUCAGGUUGAGCCGUCUUCAGCUGGAUACCCUGGAUGGAUGAUUGUGAGAAGGUACUCUGAUUUCGAAACGCUCCAUGAAAUUUUGCGACGUAUCGCGACAGUGUCUGGUGCUACGGCUUUCACGGAGCUACACAAAGAGCUGCCGGGCUGGAAGAUUCACAGCCGAGAGUCGCUUCGUGGCGAGCUGGAACGUUAUCUUCGCGAUGCCUGCUGGUACCAAUGCCUCGCGGAGAGUGAAGGCAUGAAGAGAUUCCUUGAAAAGUCACAGGGUCAUACGCAUGGCAACAGCAAGUCAUUUGCCUGGGAAUCUGUUGGCAAAAACAUGCUCGAUGUUCUUGCGAUUGCGCCAAAAGGUGCGAUGGAAGGCGGCAAGACUCUUGUCGGUGGCGUUACGGGCGUAUUCGGAAACUUCCCCGGCAUCGGAAAGAAGGCUCCAAACCAAUCCGUCGAUCUGACACCAAGUAAACGGCAUUCACUUUCAACGCCCGUGAGAACAGACACGCUCAAGUCGUCGCCUGCGAGAUCUGAGCGUGCUAGUAUUGACAGUCAGCGAUCUUCGGUUGUCUCUACUCAACCCGGCAAAAUGCCCAUGAUGGAACGCCGACCAAGCCUUCAGUUCCAAAGUGAUAAUGAAGGAGACGGGACUCGCAUGGGACGUUCCGAGAGGCUCGACUCUACAGCAUCUGCCUCGAUCAGUGCUCGACCAAGCCGAGAACAUAGUAGAGCUUCAAGCUUGGCGCCGCCGCUACGGUCUCCGUCGUCCAUCAGCUUGGAGUACGUUAAGCUACCACCGCCGCCGGAUGAGAUGGCCGAUGACUACGAGUCGCCUUCGGGCCGUGACGUGACGGCUAUGAAUGAAACAGCUCAUAGCAAAAACCACUCUAUUGGGCACAUGUCUCAGCCCUCGAUCAGUUCCACUCAAGGUUCUGCAACGAAUGGAAAGAAGGCGGCCGUCCGACCCAUCAAAGCUCACUCGAAACUUAGCGAGAACGAAACGAGGGUUGCCGUGGAGCUCCUCUUUGCUGUGAUUAAUGAGAUGUACACACUUUCGUCGGCUUGGAACAUUCGUCGCACUCUACUGACUGCCGCCAAAUCUUUCCUGCUGCGUCCCGGAAACCCGUCCCUUCUUACUGUGCAGAGUCUGAUCCAGUCCUCUGUGCUCGAUGCGUACACAGCGGAUUCUGGAAUCGCGGAGCAGUUGCGCAAAGUGCGGGAAAACAGUAUGCCGACAGAGGAAGAGCUAGCUGCCUGGCCUGCGGAGCUGACGGCAGAGGAAAAGGAGCAACUAGCAGCCAAGGCGCGCAAGCUGCUGAUCCAGAGCGGCGUUCCUGCGGCGCUCAUGGGCGUCAUGGGACAAGCGGCGACGGGAGAGGCACUGGGCCGCGUCUUUGACUGUCUCCAGAUUGAAGAAGUUGCGCGGGGCCUCAUCUUCGGCCUCAUCCUCCAGGCUGUCAAGGUGCUCACCCACUGA